GACACUUCAAUAUCGUUUUGAUACAACUGUUCAACGUCUGCAAACGACGGACACUGGUUCAAAUGGAGAAAUCCAAAAAUUUCCGCAUUGAUGCGCUUCUGGCUGUUGACCCGCCGAAGGUGCAGACAUCUCCGCUUGCGCUUGUGACUUCUUUAUCAUCCUCUUCCAUUUCAUCGUCCGGAAGUGUACCAAACUCAGAAUUGAAUGCCGACUCUUUACGGAAUGAGACGCCGUCUCCACCUAGGAUUUCCCCUUCUGGUUUGAUUCCUAAACCAGGCUUCUUGAACAGUCCCCACAGUAUGCUUGGAUUACAUCCACAGAGCAGCGCAGGAAUCCCUCCCCAGGCUCUCUACGGCCACCCCAUGUAUACCUACUCCCUCGGGCAGCACCCUGCCUUGUCCUACUCAUACCCGCAUGGGUCCCAUCACCACCAUCCAUGCAGCGACUCCCUCAAACUCUCAGCCGGGACGUUUCAGCUCGACCACUGGCUGCGAGUCUCCACAGCGGGAAUGAUGCUACCCAAAAUGCCCGAUUUUAAUUCUCAGGCCCAGUCAAACUUGCUUGGAAAGUGCAGAAGACCAAGGACUGCAUUCACAAGUCAGCAGCUACUGGAGCUCGAGCAUCAAUUCAAACUGAAUAAGUAUCUGUCGCGACCGAAGCGCUUUGAGGUGGCUACAUCCUUGAUGCUGACGGAAACGCAGGUGAAAAUUUGGUUUCAGAACAGGCGAAUGAAGUGGAAACGGAGCAAGAAGGCCAAAGAGCAAGCCGCACAGGAGGCUGAGAAUAAGAAAAACAACAAAAACGGACAGGAGAAAUCGGACGGACAGGAACAAACGGAUUAUCAAAAGACGAGUUCUGCCAAAAGUAACAGAAUAAGAGACUUCAGGGACAGUGACGAUGAUGAAGGUGACAACUUCCUGUACAACUCCUCGGAUUGCUCAUCGGACGACGAUAGAAACCACACCAGUGAUAUAAGCCCACAGCCUUGAUAUGGGUAAGGAUACAUGUAUUUUUGAAAAGCUAGCGGCCUACACUCCUUAAAUGUGAAUGACAUUUUCCACCUAACUGCAGCUGCAUGUACAGUAAUAACAACCUUCAAUCACCUA